AUGGAGAACAUCACAUCCAAUCCAGUUCCAGUGGCGAAAACUGACCUCGUUCCGUCAGAGACGAAGAACGGGAAGCCUGGAUUGGUUCAGCCGUUAACAAACACAGAUCUCUCGCCGGCGCCGUCUCAUGGAUCCACCCUCCAUGUCGCGUACCAAGGAGUCCCCGGCGCGUACUCUGAAGCUGCCGCCGGAAAAGCUUACCCGAACUCUGAAGCUAUCCCGUGUGAUCAAUUCGACGUCGCGUUUCAGGCGGUGGAGCUCUGGAUCGCGGAUCGUGCCGUCCUCCCGGUGGAAAAUUCUCUCGGAGGUUCGAUUCACAGAAACUACGAUCUCCUCCUCCGUCACCGUCUCCACAUCGUCGGCGAGGUUCAGAUCCCUGUCCACCACUGCCUCCUCGCUCUCCCCGGAGUCCGUGCAGGCUGCAUUACGCGCGUGAUUUCGCAUCCCCAAGCUCUGGCUCAGACCGAAGGAUCGCUCAACAAACAAUCUCCUAAGCAUAAAUGUAAAGAUUUAUAUAAGAAGAGAAUGAAGGGGAGAUGGAACGAAACCAUGAAGAAAGGAUUAAAGAGCAUCAUUGAUUGA